ACCCAAAAAUAUAGAGAAAGAAAAAGGGGGCCGCCUCCUCUUCUUCAUUUCCCGACGAACUAAACCCGUUCCUCCGCUGCGCCAUUCGUCUUCGAGUUUUUCAUCCUCCUCCUCCACCGGCGCACGAUAGUAACCGAAAGCAACAGAGGAGAGAGCUAGAGUGUGAGGCAUCCGAGAAUGGCUUCUCCGGCGAGAGUGGAUCUUGACGGGAACCCUAUCAAGCCGAUCACUAUUUGCAUGAUCGGCGCCGGCGGGUUCAUCGGGUCUCACCUCUGCGAGAAGUUGAUGGCCGAGACUCCCCACAAGGUCUUGGCGGUUGAUGUCUACAAUGACAAGAUCAAGCACCUCCUGGAGCCCGCUUCCCUGCCGUGGGCCGACCGAAUCCAGUUUUACCGGAUCAACAUCAAGCAUGACUCCAGGCUCGAGGGGCUCAUCAAGAUGGCAGAUCUGACUAUUAAUCUUGCCGCGAUAUGUACUCCGGCGGAUUACAAUACGCGUCCUCUUGACACAAUUUACAGCAAUUUCAUCGAUGCGCUCCCGGUGGUUAAGUAUUGCUCGGAAAACAACAAACGUCUCAUCCACUUCUCUACUUGUGAAGUCUACGGGAAAACGAUUGGUAGCUUCCUUCCCAAGGAGCAUCCUCUACGAAAUGAUCCUAACUUCUAUGUGCUCAAAGAAGAUGCCUCUCCCUGCAUUUUUGGCCCUAUUGAGAAGCAGAGGUGGUCUUAUGCAUGUGCAAAACAAUUGAUUGAAAGGCUGAUAUAUGCUGAGGGUGCGGAAAAUGGGCUUGAGUUUACCAUUGUGAGGCCUUUCAACUGGAUUGGUCCAAGGAUGGACUUCAUUCCUGGUAUUGAUGGUCCAAGCGAGGGUGUUCCAAGGGUUCUAGCAUGCUUUAGUAACAAUCUCCUUCGUUGUGAACCACUCAAGCUUGUGGAUGGUGGCCAAUCCCAAAGAACUUUUGUAUACAUCAAGGAUGCCAUUGAAGCUGUUCUCUUGAUGAUUGAAAACCCGGCGAGGGCAAAUGGUCAAAUUUUCAAUGUGGGCAACCCUAACAAUGAAGUUACGGUGAGGCAGCUUGCAGAAAUGAUGACUGAGAUUUAUUCUAAAGUUAGUGGAGAACCUCCAUUGGAGGUACCUAGCAUUGAUGUAAGCUCUAAAGAGUUCUAUGGUGAAGGAUAUGAUGAUAGUGACAAGCGAAUUCCGGACAUGACGAUUAUCAACAAACAGCUUGGUUGGAACCCUAAGACAUCUCUAUGGGACUUGCUGGAUUCAACGCUGACUUAUCAGCACAGGACAUACGCCGAGGCCAUCAAACAGGCAAUUGCAAAACCGGUUGCGUCCAGCUAAAAGGGACAUACAUGGUUGGUUGGAUUGCUUUUCAGAAUGCUGGUUCUUGUUCAAGGGGUGGUGUCCAAUUCUUUUCAAGGAAGCAUACACACAUUCAAGUGGUUCAUAUAUGAAUAUGAUGUAAUUUUGUUUUUUUGUUUUUUUUCUUUUUUUAGCCCAGCGUAGAUAGUCUGUAGGUUCGAUAUCUGUAAUUUUCUAUAUAAAAGUAGACAGUUGACUUUGGAUAGGGUAUGAAUCUCUCAUAUUACUCUUGCAUUGUUGCUACGGCAUCCGCGACACUUGUUUGUAUGUUGGGGCGGCAUAAAAUCUGCGGAAGCCCUUCAUCAUCUUCUUCUGUUUCCUAAUCCUAAGUGCUGUAGUAGUGUGCUUUAUCUGUGUUUUCUUCUUUGUUUCUCCUCCGACUCCGAGGGAUGUACUGUCUUCUUUCCUUGCCUUAACUUUUUCAUUGGCCCCUUGGCAUUGGUGAGAUUGCUUAUUAUUUAUUUAAGUUCCACUUAGCAGCAUGUAA